AUGGCGCCCACGGGCAGCGGCAAGACGGCCGUCGCGCUGAUCGCCAUCCUCCAGGCCUUCGCCCGGGGCCAGCGCGCCGUCUACACGUCGCCCAUCAAGGCGUUGUCGAACCAGAAGUUCUCGGAGUUCACGCAGUGGUUCCGGGGGCGCGGCAUCGACGCGCACGUGACGCUCCUAACCGGCGACGUCAAGAUCCGCGCGCCGCCGGGAUGCGAGAAGGAGUUGAUUAUUUGCACGAGCGAGAUCCUGCGGAACAAGCUCGUCAAGGCGUCGGGCGCGGACAACGGCCGGCUCGGCUGCGUCGUCAGCGACGAGAUCCACUACAUCAACGACGUCGACCGGGGCGCCGUGUGGGAGGAGACGCUCAUGCACCUCCCGAAGCACAUCCAAUUAGUCGCGCUGUCGGCCACGUUGAAGGACCCCCAGAACUUCCUCCACUGGAUCGAGUCGGCGCGGAAGCGGUCGGGCAAGCUCGUGCGGCGCCUGGACCGCCACGUGCCGCUCCACGUCGGCGGGCUGUGCCCGAGGACGGGCGCGCUCCUCGAGUUCUACGGCAGGGCGGGAAAAGAGUGA